CAUACUAUCCUCCAUUGCACUUUGUCAGCAGUGGUCUGCAAAAUGAGUCAAGCAAAGAUCAUUUAAUAUUAAUUAGGUCCAGUGCAUAGUACCUUUAAUAAGAACGAUGACUUGUCGAAAGCAACGACUUCACAAAAACAACAUCAACACUCAAUUUUCUCAAGUAAAUCUGAGAAAAAAACAUCAAUAACAGAAGAAGCUUUGUCUUUUUUCUUUUCCUCAAAGCAAAAAUGUUGGAACUAGUACCAGAACUCAUCAAAGUGUGGGAUAGAUGGAACAUAAGAGGAGUAAUGAUAUUAAGUCUUACUCUUCAACUCAUUCUCAUUUGCUUCUCUCCUUUAAGGAAACGCACACCAACAAGGCUCUUUAUCAUGCUCGUUUUUUCAUCUUAUCAUUUAGCAGACUGGUCUGCUAUCUUCGCCGUUGGUCUCAUCUCUAAGAAUCAAGGUAAAGAGCUCAAACCAGAUGAUCCUCCACAUGGAAAAGAGCUCAUGGCUUUAUGGGCACAGUUCUUGCUCUUGCAUCUUGGUGGAGCAGACACAAUCACAGCUUUGACGCUUGAAGAUAACGCUCUCUGGCUCAGACAUCUCUUUGGGCUUGUCUUUCAGGUAUUUGCAGGUGGCUAUGUGGUUUUCCAGUCUCUACCCAAUAGCCUUUGGGUGAUUAUAGUCUUAGUGUUUGUUUCUGGGGUUAUAAAGUAUCUGGAGAAGACAAUGGCUUUGUCUGGUGCCAGUUUUGACAAGUUUAGGGACUCUAUUAUUCAAGCACCAGAUCCAGGACCAAACUACGCGAAGCUCAUGGAGGACUACAAGGCCAAGAAAGAGGCAAGACUACCCACCAAGAAGAUUCUGAUUGAUGAACAUAACAAGGAAUAUAGGCCUAAGAAGUUGUUAGAGCAUCCAUCAUUAGCUUCUAAGAACAGAGAAGACUUGACUCAUCUUGAGAUUGCUCAGUAUGCUUACAAGUUCUUCAACACAUUCAAGGGUCUUGUAGUCAACCUUAAGUUCAGUUUCAGGGAGCGUGACGAGAGCCUAGAGAUCUUUGAGAAUUUGAAGACUCCAGACGAAGCUUUGAGGAUCAUUGAGAUUGAACUUGGUUUCCUCUAUGAUACUCUAUUCACCAAGAUCAGAGUUCUUUAUACGGUUUUUGGAGCUUCCUCACGCAUCGUUGCUUCUGGCACCCUAGUGACUGCAUUCAUCCUCUUUGAUAAGAAACUCAAAAAAGACAAACUAUUUCAUGGAACUGAUGUUGUCGUUACCUACAUGCUGUUUGCAGUUGGCAUAGCUUUGGAUUUCAUAUCCCUCAUCUUGUUUAUGUUCUCAGACUGGACAUGUGUUGCACUUAGUAGCUUGAAGAACAUCCCCAAAGAGCCUCAAACACUGAAAGAGAGAUAUUUCAACUGGUUACUUGGUUUUAGAAAGCUGCAUUGGAAACCACAAGAAUGUCACAAGAAAGGUCUGCAUACGUGUAUCAAGGAAGGUGAAGAUAAGUGUUCAAUGGAACACAAGCAUGACGUGCUCGUGACACCAUUCUUUCUCCGGAGGUGGAGUGGAAGCAUCAACGUAUUCAACUUUAUAGCAUAUGCCACAAAAGCAGAGGUAAAGAGGAUCCAUGACGCCCGAGAUAGUUUCAGCCGCUACUCAUGUAUCAUCAUAGCUCUACCAUUUGAGAUACUCAUGUUCAUCAUCCAAAAGUUUAUUAUGUGGAUUGCCAAGUUAAUUAAUGGUUUGCACAGGUGGAUCAGCCACAGAGUCAAUGAGUUAUCACGAAAUCAUCCUGUGGCUCGUAGUACUAUUUACCCUAUCUAUUUCGAGUUUCUAUCCCGCAUCCCUCAUUUCAUCAAAUCUGUGUUCGAUGUCCUUGGUGAGUUCUUUGGCAUCUCGGAUACACUUGCUACAGUCCACAAGAUGUUAUUUGUACAUGGAGAACCCAUGAUGAAACACCUGUGGGUGCUCAUUUUCAAUGAGCUGAAAUACAAAUCAAAGUUUGGAGACAAUCCUGAAAAUGCCAAAAGCUUAUCUUUAGCUCGGGGAGAAUGGACUUUGCGAGAGAACCUCCCUGAGGAUGUAGACUGUGAGAAACUGUUGCGUUGUAUUACAAACGUGGAUUAUGAUCAGAGUAUUUUGAUGUGGCACAUCGCAACAGAACUCUGUUACCAACAAGAAGAGACUAACUCUGAGGAUGAAGAAAAAUGUGAGCAUUACAGUUACCGCGAGUUAAGCAAAAUCAUCUCUGACUACAUGAUGUAUCUUCUGAUCUUGCAACCUGGUCUGAUGUCCAAGGUUGCUGGAAAUGGGAAGAUCGUAUUCAGAGACACAUUGGCAGAAGCUGAAAUGUUUUUCCAAAGGAGGCAUAUCGAGAACAAAAGAAGUGUGAAGACAGCCACCAUUAAUAUUCUGAACGUCAAUAGUGAUACUGAUCCAAUGGAAGUGAAAGGAGACGGAAGCAAGUCUGUGUUGUUUGACGCAAGCAGGCUAGCCAAAGACCUUAUGCAUCUGGAGUUGAGGUACAGCAUAAACAAAUGGGAGAUACUGAGCAAAGUGUGGGUGGAACUUCUCUGUUAUGCAGCUUGUUACUGCGAUUCCAUGGCUCACGUGGAGCAACUAAGCAGAGGCGGUGAGCUCAUAAACUUUGUGUGGCUUUUAAUGGCACACUUUGGACUAACAGAUCAGUUCCAAAUCAACAACGCAGAUGCCUGAGCCAAACUCUAUA